GUCCUUUAGAUGUAUAUUGCUCGGAUUUAGAAAAAUCAUAUCCUCGUACUCAUGUCUAAAUUAUAUGUGUAACACAGAUUCGAGGAUGAGUGUGGAAUAAGAGUAUAAUUCUUAUUUAAAAUAUUUUCAUAUAUUAGGAAGAUCAUGCUCUGUUCCAUGCUCGAGCAUGUGUUGGACUACAUAUCGAACACGGGGCCAAUGUACUACAAGGGAGUCUAUCACUUAUUCUACCAAUACAAUCCAAAUAGUGCAUGGUUUGGUGAUGGUAUGGUUUGGGCACAUUCUGCAUCAUAUGAUCUUAUUAACUGGUUUGGUCUUGAUCAUGCACUUGUUCCAUCCGAGCCAUUUGAUGCCAUAAGUUGCUGGUCCGGUUCAGCAACGAUCCUUCCGGGGGAUAAACCUGUUAUUUUAUACACCGGCAUAGAUGCUAACUAUAACCAGGUUCAAAACCUGGCAAACCCGAAAAAUGAAUCCGAUCCAUUGCUAGUAGAAUGGGUCAAAUACUCUAGAAACCCUCUAAUGACUCCACCGGAUGGUGUUAAAGGAGAUAACUUUAGAGAUCCAACAACUGCUUGGCAGGGCCCUGAUGGAACCUGGAAAGUAGUCAUUGGAAGCUAUAGCAAUAGCCAGGGCAUGGCUAUACUCUACCAAAGUCAAGAUUUUGUUCAUUGGACUAUGCAUCGAGAUCCUCUUUAUUCGUCGUCGAAAACCGAGAUGUGGGAGUGUCCAGAUUUCUUUCCUGUGUCGAUUAACAGCACCAAUGGGGUCGACACCUCUGUUGAAAACCCAAGUGUUAGGCAUGUCAUGAAGGCAAGUUUCAAUUCCCAUGAUUACUAUAUAGUAGGGACUUACGUUACUGAGCAGGAAAGGUUCCUUCCAGAUGCUGACUUUACCGGAACCAGUUCAGACUUGAGAUUUGAUUACGGUAAAUUCUACGCCUCAAAGUCGUUCUUUGAUGGUAAGAAGAACCGAAGGAUACUAUGCGCUUGGGUAAAUGAAUCCGAUAGUAUGGAAGAUGAUCUAAAGAAAGGAUGGUCUGGACUUCAGUCGAUUCCGAGGCAGAUUUGGCUUGACCUAAAUGGCAAGCAACUAGUGCAGUGGCCAGUUGAAGAACUCAAUAGUCUACGUGACAAUGAAGUCUAUGUUUAUGACAAGCAGCUCGAAAGCGGGUCGGUUUUUGAAGUUUCGGGCAUCACUGCUUCACAGGCCGAUAUCGAAAUAAUGUUUGAAUUGCCCAAACUAGAAGAGGCCGAGUUCAUAGACACCAGUUUGGUUGAUCCCCAACUAAUCUGUGACAAACAAGAUGCAUCUGUGACCGGAAAAUUCGGACCAUUCGGUUUAUUAGCUUUGGCAACAAAGGACUUGACCGAACAAACUGCGAUUUUCUUUCGGGUUUUCCGAGACCAUAAAGACUAUAAAGUACUCAUGUGCAGUGACCAAAAGAGGUCUUCUUUACGGAACGAGUUAGAUAAAACCACAUACGGAGCCUUCGUAGACAUCGAUCCUCAGCGGGAAAUGGUUUCACUAAGGACCUUGAUAGACCAUUCCAUAAUUGAGAGUUUUGGUGGAAAAGGAAGAAGUGUUAUCACCACAAGAGUUUAUCCAGAGCUUGCUAUUAAUGAUGAAGCCCAUCUUUUUGCAUUCAACAAUGGAAGUCUCAGUGUAAGAGUUUCAAGGUUGAAUGCAUGGAGUAUGAAUAAAGCCCAGAUAAUUGCAGGGGGAAAACUGAAACUGUAUCCGAGGAUUUCUCGAGGAAGAAGUAAGGAGUAUGACCCUUAAUUGGGCCUAAGCUUAGCCUACAUUUGGAUUUUUAAUUGGGUUUUUCCACUUGGAUUUUGAAUCCAAUUCCUUAA